CACGAACGACUUCCGAGAAAACCAAGAAACCUGUAUGGCUGUCCACGAUUGAGAAACCCCCAAAAAUGGGUUCUUUAGAAUUGUCUGAUGCUUUGCAAUCAUCUCUCUUGUCACUCAUCAACAGACGGCUUCUCACUUCCCGCCACAACCAUGAAAGAAUAUCCUCGAAUAUCUCUGAAAAAUAUACCGAAUUAUUCCUCAUUCUCUUUCUCCAACGUAGCCGCAGUCGGGAAGAUUGAGACAGACGAUGAAGAGGCCAAAAAACACUGGUUCAAGAUUUUUCUGAAGCAAAUCUUGAUUGCAAUGGGGAGCAGUAAUAAUAGUUCUAAGGAUAAUGCUUUCAUGACGUCAAGAAUCUUGAUUGUCUGUGAUGCCACUAAAGAUCGGAGUCCUCACGAGUUUAGGCACACUAUUCAUAAUAUACGGAUGCGGGGAGGAAUCGUGCAUCCAGGGGACACGAUUACGGUGUUUGGAGUGCUGCAUAGAAUCUUGCAUCCCAUGGGCUACCAAAUGGGAGUGACUCCUGAUUAUGUCCUUGGAACAACACAUGUCCGUGCAAUGGAAGAAGAAGUCUCAAAAAGGGUUGAUAUGUAUGUGGGCAUGCUCCAAUACAGUGCUGAAGAAUGUGAAGAGCAAGGGGUGGAUAUUAAGGUUAAGAUUAUGGCUGGAACUCCAAUAAGGAAGGUUAUCGUACAAGAAGUUGCAACUUCUAAUCCAGCAUGGGUUAUACUUGAUAGGCAUCUAAGAAGGGAAUGCCGGUACUACCUGAAACACAUUUCCUGCAAGGUUGCACUAGUCCAGGAUAACUUGUCACUGGAAAUUUUGAGAUCUUAUUGUGCUGAAAGGGAAACUGAUUAUUUGGAUGAUAAGCAGUUUCACUCACUUUCUAAGCCUGUUCCACAACCACCAGUUAGCGAUAAUGAGAACAGCGAGCAGUCAGUCGCUACUAACAGCCAUGAUGGAUAUGCGACUUCCUCGGAAAGCUCUGAUAUGGCCAAGAGCAGCUCGCUAUCAUCAUUCACAUCCAACUCCAAGGACUACAGCCUUUCCUGGCAAGAUGAAUUUGGGUCAAAUCCUAAGCAAGGGGAAUCAGCUAACUGUCCUAGAGUGGAUAUUAAACGUUAUGCAUCUCCCACGGUGAUGCCAAAGCAACGAAGAAAACCCAGCCGGCGUAGAUCCUCUGAUGUACCUGUUCUCUGCAUUUCUUGUGGGUUGAAGACAGAGCUAGACUCUAUGCGAUAUACUUAUUCUGAGAUUCAGCUUGCAACGAAUGAUUUUGCAUCUGAUAAUUUACUAGGAGAAGGUGGAUAUGGUUUUGUAUAUAAAGGCAAACUAAGGAAUGGGCAGCUUAUUGCUGCGAAGGUGCGGAAGGAAGCAAGCACUCAAGGGUUUGAGGAAUUCCUUACUGAAGUAUUUGUCCUAAGCUUUGCACGCCACAAGAACAUUGUGAUGCUGCUUGGUUAUUGUUGCAAGGAAAACCUUAAUAUCUUGGUCUACGAGUUCAUCUGCAAUAAGUCACUUGAAUGGCAUUUAUUUGAGAAUACCAGUUAUGUUCUCGAAUGGCACCGAAGACAUGCUAUUGCCAUUGGUACUGCCAAAGGGUUGCGGUUUUUACAUGAAGAGUGCCGAGGAAGUCCAAUCAUUUAUAGGGACAUGCGACCAAGCAAUAUAUUGCUCACACAUGACUUUGUUCCUAUGCUGGGGGAUUUUGGCCUUGCAAAGUGGAAGACAGAUGAUGAUGACAUGCAGACAAGAAUUCUAGGCACUCUAGGAUAUCUUGCCCCAGAGUAUGCAGAGAAUGGUAUAGUCUCCGUACGAACCGAUGUUUAUGCAUUUGGCAUUGUGCUGAUACAAUUGAUAUCCGGACGCAAGGCACUGGACACCAGAGAAGGCCAACAACUGUCAAUUAGACAGUGGGCAUUACCUCUGAUUGAGACACUUGCAUUGCAUGAGCUUGCGGAUCCCCGUCUUGGUGACUCAUAUAACACAUAUGAAAUUUACCACAUGGCUAGAACAGCAUAUUUAUGCGUCCAAACUGACCCUGAGAUGCGACCAUCAAUGGCGGAAGUUUUGCGCCUUCUUGAUGGGGAAAGUGAUCAGUAUCAACACUUGACGGAGCAAUUUAUACCUCAUUAUAGUAAAUAACAACACAUACGGCAUGUGCUGUAUAUCUACGCCACCAGUGUAGCUCAUGCUCAAUUUUUGUAUAUGUCCUUUAAGUAUCUUAAUAUAGGCUUAAACCCCAACAUCCUCAAUGCUGGUGGCUAUAGCUAUUUGGGGAACUUUGCUUUCCACUAUGCUUUAUACUACUUGCACAAACUUGUUCACAUAGAAGCAAUAUUUGCACGUAAAAUGUUGCAACUGCUCUGUAGUCUGAAAAAUAAAAGCCAAAAUGAAUUACCUAUAAACUUUUUGAUGA